UUUUAUGAAUUUCUGUAGUUUAUUUAAAAAAUAAUAUCAUGGAUCAGCAAAAGACGUUAAUUCUAGAAAAGUUGCCUUCGACUAUUAGUGAAACUGAGUUAGAAAUUCACUUUUCUAAUAUAGGACCUCUUAAAAGAUGUUAUAUUUUGAAACCGAAAUUGAAUUCAUCAAAUAGUACAGGAUAUAUAACAUUUACUACUAAUAAGGAUGCGAUUGAUGCACAAGUAAAGAUUAAAAAAAUUGGUACCCAUAAUGUUUUUCCAAAAUUUUUGUCCAAGGACCCUAACAAGAAAAAUGUUAAAAAUUUAACUAAAUACAAAAAAUUUCGCUUGAUUGUCAGAAAUCUCUCAUUUAAGACUACUAUUAAGGAUAUUAAAGAUAAAUUUUUAAUUUGUGGUCAAUUAAAUGAUAUCCAAUUUCCUAAAAAUGGAACUCACAACCAACAUCGUGGAUUUGCAUUUAUUCAAUUCUCUAAAUUAGAAGAGGCAAAAAAAGCCAUUGAAAUAUUAAAUGGGUCUGAAAUAAAUGGUAGACCUAUAGCAAUUGACUGGUCAGUUUCAAAAAUAAAAUAUCAAGCUGAGUCAUUAAACGAGACAAAGGCAAAUUCUGCACAUGAUGAAAAUACUAUGUAUACUAAAGUUUUAAAUUCUUUUGAAGAAAAGUUAGAUGGUCUCAAAACUAAGCACGAAAAUAAGAAUCAACAGAUUAAAGCAUAUUUAAAAAUUAAAAAAACUCAUGAUAAACAUACACUGACUAUUGAUGAAAAAUGUAAAUCUACCAAAGAUUCAAUUCAUGAUGAUAAAACUGAAAAACAUAUGGAUCAAAAGGAUUUGGAAGAAAAAAAGACACUUUUCAUAAGAAACAUACCCUUUGAAUCUACUCAAGAGGAUUUUAAAAAGGUGUUUGAAAGAUAUGGAUCUCUCGAAUAUGCCUUGCUAUUGACGGUUAAUGGCAAUGAAAUACACAAAGGUCGGGGUUUCGUUAAAUUUAAAACGCAAGAAUCCGCUACUGAUUGCCUUCAAAAAGCCAAUCAUAUCUCUAGUAGCAAUGCCUUUCUUGAAAGCAAACAACCGCUUAAUGAUAAUAUUGGUAAUAUCGAACGUAAAAGAGCGUUUCUGUUUGGCAUCAAUGAAGACGAGGAGUUGAACGAAAAUACCCUGAAUUUCAAAAUUCUGGACACCCAAAAAUCCGGAUUUGGUGACAAUACGAGCACCAAAAAUGGAGGAGGCAUAUAUAUGCGAGACCAGAGACUCAAAGUAUGUUUAGCCAUUAAAAGGGAUACACUCGACGACAUCAUGAAGAGGCGAUACGAUAAACAUAAUAGAUAUAAAAAACCGCUCGCCACGGAUUUGGAAUCCGCUACAACUGUCGGCGAAUUCGUUAACGAGUAUGACGGCAUAUCAAAGAAAUUUAAAGAGAAAGAUAAACGCAAUUUGCAUUUACUUAUCGAAAGCUCGAUCAAAAGAUGUUCCAAUCGUUAUGGUCAAAUAUCCCAAAUCGAUCUCAACAAAAGGUCCAAACUGAUGGCCUCCAGCAAAAGCAAGCUCAAACUUUUGCAUUAUUUCGUAUCACCGACUCGAUUAACGGUUCAUAAUUUGCCUAAAUGGGUCGAUAACAAAUUUCUUAGAAGGAUGUUUCAAUCAGGCGUCAAAGACCAUAAGGCUAGGAUUAUAGAGGCCAGGGUAAUGAUGGACACUAAAACCCCUCUUCCUAAAUCGUCAAAAUCGCCCGCAUCAAUGUGUUACGGGUUCGUCGAAUUUUCUACCCAUGCUCAUGCCUUGAAAGCCCUGAGAAAUCUCGACAAUAACCCUUCAGCCUACCAAGUCACGCCCAAUUACAUAACAACAAAAAAUGCUGACUACUCCAAAAACAACGGCAAGGUUAAUUCCGAAACAGUACAUAGUACAAGGAGACCUAUUGUUCAAUUUGCCAUAUCUAACCGAUUGGCGCUCAAUGCUCGACAAGCGAGGCAAGAAAAGGCUAAGGUUACACAACAAAGACAAAAGGCAUUCGGAGCCAUAAAAUUUGUGAAGAACAAUGAAUCUCGCCAUGAAAAUAAAUCGAUUGUCGGAAAGAAUAAGAGACCCGUUGACGAUGCAAAACCUAAAAAGAAAAUGGUCGAUAAGUCGUUAACCAAGAAAAUAAUCUCGAAUACGAAUAUUAACGGUGUAAAGAAGGGCAAAAUUUUGAAAUCCGGAACAAAGAAACGUUCCCAAUCCGGUGAUGUUUCAAAUUCGUUAAAAAAACCUAAAAGAAUAAAAUUGAACCCGGUUACCAAAUCUUCAGUUGUUGAAUCCAUUGAAGACGAUGUGGCUUUGGCUAAAAAAAUGAAAAAAAUUCACCACAAAUUGUUUGGAGAUGCUGGAGGUCAAUUUUUGGAUAGCGAUUGAAAAAUUGUCAAAUUACGAUUCUUACAUGAAACGAUAUAUAUAUUCAUUAGUUAA